GCGGGCAUUCCCGUUACAAACCCAGAACUGGUAGAGGGAAGACUCUCGUGGCAUAUAAAAAACUUAGAUACUUCCCAAUCACACCUAGACUGCAGAGGUUAUUCAUGUCACCAAGGACUGCUGAGCACAUGACAUGGCACCAAUCACACCAUGCGGUUGAUGGAGUGAUGGUUCAUCCUUCUGACGGUGAAGCCUGGAAACACUUUAACAGUAUGCAUCCUCCCUUUUCAGCUGAAUCAAGGAACGUGCGUCUUGGGUUGUGUACAGACGGAUUCAACCCAUUCGGGUCAUUUGCUGCUCCUUAUUCUUGUUGGCCGGUCAUACUGACGGUUUAUAACUUGCCACCGGGGAUGUGUAUGAGGCCGGAGUUCAUGUUUUUAUCUAUGGUCAUACCAGGUCCGAGCAGUCCGGGGCGGAAUAUAGAUGUUUGUCUUCGUCCGUUGAUUGAUGAGUUGACGUACAGAAAGAACAGAAAGGAUUUCUUUGUUGGCAGAGUUGAAAAUGAUGUUGCACCCCCGCGUCUUGCCGGUGAAGAAUUGUUUGAUGUUGUGUCAGAGUACGGUGAAAUUGUGUUUGGUCUCCAAUCAGGUAAGCAGAAGUUUCCUGGUUUUGGUUUGACCCAUAAUUGGGUGAAGCGAAGUAUAUUUUGGGAGCUUCCUUAUUGGAAGACCAAUCUUCUCCGCCAUAACCUUGACGUCAUGCACAUUGAAAAGAACGUGUUUGAGAACAUUUUCAACACCGUCAUGGAUGUGAAGGGGAAGACAAAGGACAACAUCAAGGCUAGAUUGGAUGUAGCGUUGUUCUGUAACCGUAAAAAUAUGGAGUUGGUUUGUGAUGGGUCACGGGUCACAAAACCAAGAACAAGCUUCGUGCUAGAGAAAAUCGCACAACUACUAGUCUACAAAUGGCUUAAGAGUCUGCGUUUCCCCGAUGGACAUGCCUCGAACAUAUCAAGGCUGGUUAAUACGGAGGAAUGCAGAUUAUAUGGAAUGAAGAGUCAUGACUGCCAUGUGUUUAUGCAAACACUCAUCCCAUUAGCUUUUCGUGAUUUGUUGCCAAAGGGGAUAUGGGAUGCACUAACGGAGAUUAGUCAUUUCUUCAGAGACAUAUGCUCCAGCAAGUUGAAUGUUGAUCACAUUGAAAGGCUUGAAAAGAAUAUCGUCGAGACAAUAUGCAAACUUGAGAUGAUAUUCCCUCCAUCAUUUUUUGACUCAAUGGAGCAUCUACCCGUACAUUUACCGUUUGAGGUAAAAGUUGGAGGACCGAAAAAGGUUAAGAACAAGGCGCAUGUUGAGGCUUCGAUAUGUGAGGCUUAUAUUAUUGAGGAGAUCUCAACAUUUAUCUUGUACUAUUUCGAGCCUCAUUUGAGAACGAGAAUCAACCACGUUCCACGACAUAAUGAUGAUGGUGAAGUGCCUUCAAAAAAUAUGGCUGAAGAAGAUAACCAAUCACUUCAUAAUGAGAAUAAUGAGAAUAUUCGGGUUAGAACUCUUAGAGACCACAUGAAUCCCACAAGAACAAAUAGGCAAAUGGUUGAAUUAAUGUGCAAUGGAACUUUUGAGGAUAAAGACCCUAAUGAAGCAAUGGAAUACCUAGACUUGCUAGCUGAAAAUGCACAAAAUUGGGACACCACAGGUACUUAUGAGGCACCAAGUAAAACCCAACCUCAUACAUCUAGUGGAGGUAUGUACAACCUUAGGGAAGAUCAUGACCUCCAAGCCAAGUUUGCAUCUUUAGCUAGAAAGGUUGAGGCACUAGAAUUAAAAAAAAGUGAAUGUCUCCAUGAACAAGCCCAUGCAUUAAACAGUUUUCAAAAGCCCAAUCAUAACCCAUAUUCGCAAACAUAUAACCCUGGUUGGAGAAAUCAUCCAAAUUUCAGUUGGAAGAGUGAGAACAGUAAUGCUCAAACUUCACAGCCAUCGUUUCCAGCACAUCAUAAUUUCCAAAAUUCUCAUGGAUAUGCACCUCCUUAUGCUCCCCCUCCUAGAAGAAAUCUUGAGGAAACAUUGCAUGCAUUUAUGGAAAAGCAAGAGGCAAUUAACACUCAACUUGCUCAAAGCAUGACAGAUUUUAAAGAUACUCUUGCAAAAUUGACAUCUGCUCUCAGUUUCCAAGAGAAAGGUAAGUUUCCAUCUCAACCACAACAAAAUCCCAAGGGGCAAUACAAUGCGAAUGCAAGUAGUUCGGGAAGCCAACACAUGGAUCACGUAAAAUCAGUCAUCACUCUUCGCAGUGGUAAGGUUAUUGAAAAACCCAUUCUUGAACCUUGUGAGAAUGAUGAUGAAUCAAUCUCUGAGGGUAAGGAAGGGGUUGAAUCUGAUCAUUGCAAAGAAAAGACUGAUUAUCCGCCAGCACUUCCAUUUCCUCAUGCCAUGACCAAACGAAGGAAAGUCAAUCACAACUCUGAAAUCUUUGAAACUUUCAAACAGGUUCCUUCUUAUGCUAAAUUUUUGAAAGAUCUGUGCACUGUGAAGAGAAAACUGAAUGUGAAAAAGAAAGCCUUCUUAGCCGAACAAGUAAGUGCCAUUCUUCAGAACAAUAAUGCAUUGAAAUAUAAAGACCCUGGUUGUCCUACAAUUUCAUGCUUUAUUGGAGAACAUAAAAUUGAAAGAGCUUUACUUGAUCUUGGAGCUAGUGUGAAUUUACUUCCAUAUUCAGUUUUUCAAAGUCUCAAUCUAGGACGUCCAUUUCUUGCAACUUCUAAUGCAUUGAUUAAUUGUAGGAAUGGACUGAUGAAGCUAUCUUUUGGAAACAUGACAUUGGAGAUGAAUAUUUUCAACAUUUGCAAGCAACCUAGAGAUGAUAAUGAUUUACAGGAAGUGGACUUUACUGAAAAAUUAGUUCAUGAUCAAUUUCAAACCACUUCCAAUGAAAUUGAUAUUGAUGAAUCUGAUGAUUUGCAAAUGGUCUAUUUUCAGGAAGAAUCAAAGGCAAGUAAUUGGAGACCACAAAUUGAGGAAUUGCCGCCACGAUCAAUUGAGCCAAUACCUUCAAGUGUUCAACCACCAAAACCUGAUUUGAAGCCGUUACCCCUCAAUCUCAAAUACUCAUUUUUGGGAGAAAAUGAAACUUUUCCGGUAAUAAUCUCUUCCAAACUUAAUGCACAGCAAGAAGAUGGCUAUUCAGGUUAUAACCAAAUUGAAAUUGCAUUGGAAGAUCAAGAGAAAACUACUUUCACAUGUCCAUUUGGCACUUUUGCAUAUCGAAGGAUGCCUUUUGGAUUAUGUAAUGCACCUGCCACGUUUCAAAGAUGCAUGCUUAGUAUAUUUAGUGAUAUGGUUGAACGUUUUCUUGAGAUUUUUAUGGAUGAUUUUUCUGUUUUUGGUGAUUCAUUUGAUGAUUGUUUGACUAACUUAGAAAAGGUUUUGAACAGUGAUCAUGCAGCAUUGAAAUAUCUUCUUUCUAAGAAAGAUUCUAAGGCUAGAUUGGCAUGUGGGGGCCAUUUCUCAUCAAGAAAGACAACUGCAAAAAUCUUACAAUGCGGAUUUUACUGGCCCACCAUGUUCAAGGACUCACAUGCAUUCUGUAAGAUUUGUGAAAAUUGUCAAAAGUUAGGAUCUAUUUCAAAACGUCAUAUGAUGCCUUUAAAUCCUAUUCUUGUCAUUGAGAUCUUUGACUGUUGGGGUAUAGAUUCCAUGGGUCCAUUUCCUUCAUCAUUUGGUUUCGUGUACAUAUUAGUCGCAGUAGAUUAUGUUUCAAAAUGGAUAGAGGCAAUUCCAAGUCGAAACAAUGAUCACAAAACAGUGAUAAAAUUCUUGAAAGAAAAUAUUUUGAGUCGAUUUGGAAUCCCUCGAGCCAUGAUAAGUGAUGGUGGAACACAUUUCUGCAACAAGCCAUUUGAGUCUUUAAUGAAGAAAUAUGGAAUCACUCACAAAGUUGCCACCCCUUAUCACCCUCAGACUAGUGGGCAGGUAGAGCUUGCUAAUAGGGAGAUCAAACAAAUCUUGGAGAAAACAGUGAACCCUAAUAGGAAAGACUGGUCUUUAAGACUUAAUGAUGCACUUUGGGCUUAUCGAACUGCUUAUAAAACAUCAUUAGGUAUGUCACCUUAUAGACUAGUCUAUGGAAAACCUUGUCACUUGCCUGUGGAACUUGAACAUAAAGCUUAUUGGGCUAUUAAAGCUUUUAAUUCAAACCUUGAUGAUGCUGGUCAACUGCGAAAAUUACAAAUAAAUGAGCUUGAGGAAAUAAGAAAUGAUGCAUAUGAAAAUUCAAGAAUUCAUAAAGCAAGAAUCAAAGAGUUUCAUGACAAGAAAAUAUUGAGAAAAACAUUCAAUGUUGGUCAAAAAGUCUUGCUUUAUAAUUCUCGACUCCAUUUAUUUCCUGGAAAACUAAGAUCAAGAUGGAGUGGUCCUUUCAUUGUGAAACAUGUGUAUCCAUAUGGGGCCUGUGAUAUCGAGAAUCCAAAGAAUGGCAAUGUUUUCAAGGUAAGAUCCAUAUUAGAUUCUAAGAGUGACAGGUCCACUUCAAGGAGUGACAGGUCCACUUCAAGGAGUGACAAGUCCACUUCAUCCAAGUCAUUUCAAACUACAUCAAGGCAUAAUAACAAAGGAUCCACAUUUCAUCAACCUGUGUAUCAAAACACAAAUGAGUAUUAUAUACCUACUUUGGGGAGUACACAUCCUCCUCAACAUGAUUAUGGGAGGGUUGAUGCAUAUCAAUAUUGUGAGGGCUUUCGUUUUCAAGAUUUGCUUCAAACUCAAGGAGGUUUCUCUCGAGAUAACCAACUUGUUUAUGGAGGACAUAAUUUAUAUGGGAGUUAUAGGAGAGUUGAAGGUAAUGAUGAUGAUGUGAACAUUAGAAAUGAAGAUGAGGGAGACGGUAGUAAUGAGAGAGGUGUAUGUGAUGAGAGAGAUGUAUGUGAUGAGGAUCAAGAUGGUGUUCCAUCAUAUCACGGUUCAACAUCUUCUCCAUACAAUUAUGAUCAAAGUGUUAAAAGGAAGGGUUUUGACACGUCAAUAGAUCCAAUAACAAGAAAAAAAGAGCUUUGUUUGUAUGGAACAACAGAGUUCAAUAAUGCAUCGUGUGGUCGUGCAAUCGGAGAUAUUUUGAGGUCCAAUUUUAAGGGAGCAUGGCACUCUUGGGAAAAAGUAGAUCCAAUGUGCAGGGAUGAACUCUUUAAAGAGUUUAAGGAAAAUUAUAAAAUGGAGAUGAUUUCAAAGUAUGGAACUGAUCGGGAAAAUCAUCCUUCAUUUGAUGGAGCAGCUUGGUGUGUGGCUUCAGGAGGAGUUACAAAGGGUAGGGUAUAUGGUGCACCUCAUAUGCCAAAAUCAAAAGUUAGUACAAGCUCUUCAUCACAUUCCUACUCGGUGGAGUCAUCAUAUCCCAGUUCAUCGUAUUGAGCAUUGCAAAAGGAGAUAAAGGAUAAAGAAGAGGAGAUAAAGAAAAAAGAUGAUUUUAUUCUUGAAAUGAAACGGCAGAUGGAUUCCAUGAAAGAAUAUAUUGUGAACAAUAUUGGAUACCAUGGUGGGACAUCAAAUAUUGAUCAAGGUAUGCCACCACCUUUGACUCCAUCAAUACCGCCACCUAUGGCUCCUCAGAUAAUGACA